CUGACGAAAUUGAUUCUGGAGUUUUGGAAGUUACUUUAAAUUUAGAGGAUUCUAAUGCCUUAAGAGAGAAACUAGGUUUAAAGCCUCUAAAUAAUAAACCUCCUGAUCAAAGUAAAAAAGAAUAUGAUGCUUGGAAAAAAGAAAAAGAAUUGGCUGAGAAGGAUAAAGAAGUUGAAAAACUCAUGGAGAAAAUUUUUGAAUCUAGAGAAAAGAGAGAAUUAACAAAGAAAUUUGAAAGUAUGAAAAGUAUUGGAGAUGUUGAAAAUUUAGCUGAAUAUGAGGCAAAAAACUGGAUCGAAAAAUCCAGAAGGCUUGAAUACGAAAAAAAAAAAGCGAAGGAGCAGGCAAAAGUUUUUGAUGAGCUCGAUGAAGAUGUUUUUGUGAGCGAAGACACUAAAAAGGCUAAAGAUUAUAAUCUUCGCUAUUCUGGAGCUGAUUUGACGGGACUUACAGUUCAGCAUGAUAUUCGUGAUAUUAAAGAAGGAACUACUAUACUUACACUUAAAGAUUCUUCAUUAAGAAAUGCUCAAGAUGAUGUUUUGGAAAGCUCCGAAGUUGUCUCUUUAGAAAAGUCCAGAGAAUUUAUUGAAAAUAGGAAAAGAAAGAAAGUUUACAACGGCAUGCUAUUCUAA